GUCCGUGGGCUCUCUCAGAGAUCCUCAAGCCGGACGGAGCCAGGGUGGCCAGGGGGCCCAGCCGAUUGUUCGCCUCUGCUUUCUUUUCACUGCCUGCUUUUUUCAACUGAAGUCACUGCUUCUCUGGAGGGCAUAGUCUCCGACACUAGGGUGCUACGAACGCGCGCUGAUGCCCUGAGUGCUCGCAGGGCUUCCAGCUAACCAUGCUACAGCCACUCGCAGAUGCCUUGGCGCUGCCCCUGCUACUGCUGCUGGUGGUGCAGGCGCCGCCCCUGACUGGCGCGCGGCCGUCCCCAGGCCCGGAUUACCUGCAGCGCGGCUGGCUGCGGCUGCUGGCAGAGGGCGAGGGCUGCGCUCCCUGCCAGCCAGAGGAGUGCGCCGCGCCGCGGGGCUGCCUGGCAGGCCUGGUGCGCGACCCCUGCGACUGCUGCUGGGAAUGCGCCAACAUCGAGGGCCAACUCUGUGACCUGGAUCCCAGCGCCCACUUCUACGGGCGCUGCGGCGAGCAGCUUGAGUGCCGGUUGGACGCAGGCGGAGACCUGAGCCGCGGAGAGGUGCCGGAACCGCUGUGUGCCUGCCGCUCGCAGCACCCACUCUGCGGUUCCGAUGGCCGCACCUACGCGCAGAUCUGCCGCCUGCAGGAAGCGGCCCGCGCUCGGCCGGACGCCAACCUCACCGUGGCGCAUCCAGGGCCCUGUGAAUCGGGCCUCCCACCUCCAUCCCCAGAGCCCCAGAUCGUGUUGCACCCAUAUGACAUUUGGAAUGUGACGGGGCAGGAUGUGAUCUUUGGCUGUGAGGUGUUUGCCUACCCCAUGGCCUCCAUCGAGUGGAGAAAGGACGGCUUGGAAAUUCAGCUGCCAGGGGAUGACCCCCACAUCUCUGUGCAGUUUAGGGGCGGACCCCAAAGGUUUGAGGUGACAGGCUGGCUACAGAUACAGGCUGUGCGUCCCAGCGAUGAGGGCACCUACCGCUGCCUGGCCCGCAAUGCCCUGGGCCAGGUGGAGGCCCCAGCUAGCCUGACUGUACUCACACCGGAGCAGCUGAACUCCACAGGCAUCCCCCCACUGCCAUCCCUGCACUUGGUUCCUGACGAGGAGGUUGAGAGUGAAGAGGGCGAUGAUUACUACUAGGUCCGGAGCCCUGGCCCGUGGGGGUGGGUGAGUGGGGGGAGUGUUCAUCCCUGCUCUUGAAAAGACCUGGAAAGGGGGAGCAAGGCCCCUUCACAGAUAGAUUGCUUUAAUGCCCUUGGUAGGGGAGAUGUGGUGGUGGUGGUGGUGAUAGGAGAUAAAAAUUGAAGGAGGGUAAGGAGAGAGGCAGGGGAUAGGAGUGGUGGGAUACAAAGGGGCCCAUGCAGAAGAAGAUGCUUGGACCAACCAGGUGGAAGGCAACAGCUGCCUGCUGGUCUCUAGGCUGGUGGAGGGUUGGGGGGAGUGGAGUAGACACAAAGAGGUGCAGACACCAGGUGUUCCUCCCCUGCUUUCCAGCAGCCCUCCCUCCAGCCUGCUCAGCUAGUCUUCCUAACUGCCCUUCCUCACAGCUCCUGCUGUUAUUUUCCUAGCCCCCAAUCUUUGCCUGGCUUCAGUUUGCUCUUCCUCAAAACUCACCUUCAAGAAAAUUUCCCUCUCUGCCAAGUCCCAUUUGCACUUAUUUAAACUGCAGUCCUCUUUGCUGUUCACUGCCUGCUGUCCAGGAGAGCACAAUGGAGCCUGGUUUAGUUCAUUGCAAUAAGACGAGCAUUUGGGCGUAUCUCAUUUCCCCUGUCACUCUGGAAACUCCACGAGGCCAGCACAUAUCUUAUACCACUUUGUAUUGGAUGAUGCCUAGCACAGGACUGGGCACAGUGGGCAUGCAAUAAAGAUUUAUGGACGAACUGAGACACACAGAUGAACAGAUGGUUCAUGUAGAUGUGCAUACUCGUAUAGAGACAACAUUUCACGGUAGUAGGACUCUGGCUUUCAGAAGCUGUAGGUCCUGCUCCCUAAGCAUAUGUCUGCCAGAUGUACAGAGAGGGCUCUUGCGCUGGGGCCUACCCUGCCCUCUAGGGAGGAAGGCUGGAGCCAUCUGGGUGGAGGGAGGGUAUCCUUCCAGUCUGCUCUUCAUCAGUGCUAGUCUAGAGAUAGAUUGCCUGCCCUUCUGUUCAUCUUACUCCCCAGGCAGAGUAGGGAACCACUCUCUAGGUAGGACCCAGUCUAAAAGCACGAACUGGAUGGAGGAAGGGAGAAGUUUGGCCACCGGUAUGGGCUGCACCCUCAGAUUCCCCUCGGAAUCCAUCCAUUUCCCUGCUGAACCCAGACAAAUACACAGCUUGUUCCUUCAUCUGCUCCAACUGUGACCUGUUCUAUCCUACUGGGAGGUCCCUCACACAGAGCCAGACUCCUUCGCUCUCCAAAACUCUCCCCGCACUCUCUUUACCUAGCCCCAGAGACACUGGUGAGGCGCAGUGUUUAUUGACUGAUUAAAGGGGAAGAUGAAAGCUUAAGUUCUCAAGGCCACAUAGGGUGGCAACUGCCUCCUGCACGCCUGGGCUCCGCCCGGAGCCUGGCGCCACCAUGGGAGAAAUCACAGUUGGUUCGGUGUCUGAGCUUGUCCUCUGGGGCCCAGCGCAGGAGCCAGGAGCCGGGCCUCUUGAGAGGGGCGUGGUCUGGAACCCCAACCCGAGGGCUUGGCUGCCCCUCUCGAAGAACAGCAAGGCUCCUCCAGAGACUAAGCCAGGGGACAGUUCUCACUGCGGAGUCCUGGUUGGAGGCCCAAGGCUCCAGGAGCCCUCGACGCACUUGGGGCAAAUUCCAAGGCCACUGCAGAAGCAGGUGUAGGGAUGUGAGCAGUGUGGCGGAGGUAGGGGGCUCGUGCUUUUUGGCGUCCAGACCAGAAGGUGAUCUGCUCCGCGCUGAUAGAGGAGAUGUGGGUCUGGGUCCUGCAGCAGCCUGGGAAUCAGCCCCUGGCUUGUUCUUCGUGGGGGACUCCAACCUGGUUGGGCUCAACGGCGCCCCCUGAUGGGUCCGUUGAUGCUAGGGCGCCCACCUGCAGAGCAGAGGCUCCACCCAACUCUAGAGAGUCACACACUCAGCUGGGAAUCCGUACUUCUUGAUCGCUUUUGCAGACUUUGUGGGAUGUUCUAGUUGAGCCUCCUUACAGCCUCAGUUUCCCCCUUCGUGGCCCUGCAGGUUCAGGCCCCACAGCUUGGAAUAGGAGGAACCCCUGCUGCGUCCUCCACCCGCUAUCCCCACCCCCUGCCUCCGCUCCAGCGGAUGGGCUUUAAUAACGUCGCUGGAAAGUGACACGCGAUUUAUUAUUAAAGUAAUGCGGGGACGGGAAAGGUUUAAUAAACGCGCUGCGAUGCCGAGGAUUAUUCACCGCAAAUAAAUGAGAGCGCGGGCGUCGUUUUAAUAAAUAAUUUCCCGCCGCUCCCGGGGGAGGAGAGGCGAGGAGGAGGUGGGGAGCUGAGCUGCUGCCAGAACUCCCGGCUUCGCCUCCCCACGGGUUUCCAAGCCGUCCCCGCAUUUUUCGUCCUAGGUUGCUCACACCCGACAAGUGAGGCUCCAGGAAAGCUGACUUGGAGUGGCCCAGGAGAGGUGCGAGAGGCUCUGUUCCACCCCACUCCCCCCCCGCCCCCCCCCCGGGAUUUUAAGUAGUUUGCUUAAGAUGAGCAAAUGCUCUUCCUUCCCAUUCCGAACCAGAGAUUCGGAAUCAAGACUGGACCAGCGCAGGAAGGGUUAGCCGGCACCAGCUCCUCCCAAGCCGAGGGUCCCAGGGUCUGGCCAUUGUCCUCCAAGCUUUUGGCUGACUUGGGCUGGGCGUCCAGGACAGGAUGUAGGGAGCAUGCCGAAGGGGGCUGUGUGUGCAGGUAUGUAGGUGCCAUGUGUGUGCAAAUGACCCUGACUCCCUUCUCGGGCCGUCGUGGAGAAUGGGGCCACGAAGUCUGUCUGCUCUUUACUACGAAGGCCCGGAGAAAGGGUCCUCGAGUCUGGUCUGAACUGAGGGCGCCCUGGUGAAGCCCACCCCCUGGCUUGCUAGUGAACCCGGGUGGAUCUGAGGUCAGGCUGAGAAGAACUGAAGCCUUAAGCGGGAGUCCGCCCCUUUCACGGAAGCCUGGAAGCUCGAGAGGGUGAACCCGAUUUCGGAGAGGGCCGAGACCGCAGACUUUGGGAACCCACUGCGCUGAUGGGUAGGCGAGGGAGAGGUGGGGGGAAAGCUCCUGGGGUACAACGGCUCCGCAAGUUUUGUGCCUCUGCCGAAAGACGCGGCAUAUCUGGCGACACCUCUGGCAACACUUGGGAGUACAGGAAGUGGCAAAAGAGUGCCACCUGGUGGAAAUUUUGGGUUAUGGCAGCCAGAUCUGGGCCAUUUAACUUAAGACAGUUGAAUUGACCGAAAAUUUUUGAGUAAAAAGGUGCUUCACUUUGCAUUAAUUUAUAUAUGUGAAGGUGCACAUGUAUGUGUAUUAUAUAUGUGAUAUCUGUGUAAUAAAUAUCACGUUCAUAGUAGUUAUAUGUGUAUGUGUAUCUAUAUGCACUGUAUAUAAGGUGUA